CUCCGGUCCGCGCGGGAAGUGCGGCGCUGCUGCCCCGCCCCCGCGGAAGCAGGUGGGUGUGGCGUACGAUCGCCCCGCCCCGCUCCUCCCCUCCGGCGCCGCGGGGAUGGUGCUCUGAGGAGCCGAGCUGGCAGCCGCGCGCAGGGGCACGGCGGUAGCGGUCCCGCGGUCUCCCCUCACGCCCCCCCGCCCCAUGCAGCCGCGCCGAGGGCAGGACUCCCCGGUGCCGCGGUGAGGGAAGGAGGAAGGUCCCGGCUGUGCUCCCUCCCGCGCCCCGGCGGUGUUUCUCCGUCAGGGGAAGCGGUGUAAAUGCGUGGCCUGUGGCCGCUCUGCGUUGUCCUGGGAGCCGUUGCGGCGGGCGCCGCCGCGGGCGAGGGCGGCCGGCUGAGCGCCGAGCGCAGCGCGGUAUGGGGGCCCGGGCUGCGGGCGGAGGCAGCCCUCCCCGCUCGCUAUUUUUACGUGCAGGCCGUGGACGCCGAAGGGCAGAGGUUCACUUCAUCACCAGGUGAAAAUGCGUUCCAGGUGAAGAUCACUGCUCCUGAUGAACAGUUCACUCGGGUUGGUGUGCAAGUAUUAGACAGGAAAGAUGGUUCCUUCCUUGUGAGGUACAGGAUGUACGCAAGCUACAAAAACCUGAAGAUAGAAGUCAAAACUGGAGAUAAACACAUUGCUAAGUCUCCGUAUAUUUUAAAAGGUCCUGUUUACCAUGAAAACUGUGACUGCCCUCAGGAGGACAGCAGUGCAUGGCUGGAAGAGAUGAACUGCCCUCAAAUCAUUCCACAGAUUCAAAGAGACCUAGCAAAUUUUCCCAUUGUCGAUCCAGAUAAGAUUGCAAAAGAAAUUCCACAGAGGUUUGGACAAAGACAGAGUUUGUGUCAUUACACCAUCAAAGAUAACGAGGUUUAUAUCAAGACGUAUGGGGAACAUGUUGGCUUCAGAAUUUUCAUGGAUGCCAUCCUGCUUUCUUUGACAAGAAAAGUGAAAAUGCCAGAUGUAGAAUUUUUUGUUAAUUUGGGGGACUGGCCUCUGGAGAAAAAGAAAUCCCCACAGAACCUGCACCCCAUCUUCUCAUGGUGUGGGUCCAGUGAGUCAAAAGACAUUGUCAUGCCAACAUAUGACUUAACAGACUCAGUUUUGGAAACUAUGGGACGAGUCAGUCUGGAUAUGAUGUCAGUUCAAGCAAAUACUGGCCCAUCAUGGGAAGACAAGAAUACCACAGCAUUCUGGAGAGGACGUGACAGCCGCAAAGAGAGGCUUGAACUUGUAAAACUGAGCAGAAAAUACCCAGAGAUCAUAGAUGCUGCUUUCACAAACUUUUUUUUUUUUAAACAUGAUGAAAGCCUCUAUGGCCCCAUUGUUAAGCACAUUUCAUUUUUUGAUUUUUUUAAGUAUAAAUAUCAAAUUAAUAUUGAUGGCACAGUGGCAGCAUACAGAUUGCCUUAUCUACUAGCAGGAAACAGUGUGGUGCUAAAGCAAGACUCCAUCUACUAUGAGCAUUUUUAUAAUGAGCUGCAGCCAUGGAAACAUUAUAUUCCGUUUAAAAGUGACCUGAGUGAUCUACUAGAAAAACUCCAGUGGGCAAAAGAGCACGAUGAAGAGGCAAAAAAUAUUGCAAAAUCUGGACAAGAAUUUGCAAGAAACAAUCUCAUGGGAGAUCACAUUUUUUGUUACUAUUUCAAACUCUUCCAGGAAUACGCCAGUUUGCAAGUGAGCGAGCCAAAAAUCAGAGAGGGGAUGGAGAAGGUGCAGCAGCCUGAUGAUGACCUUUUUCCAUGUACUUGCCACAGAAAAAAGGCCAAAGAUGAACUCUGACAGAAAGGAAGAAAGAAAAUAAUUUUUUGAAUAUUUACCUACAUUCAGACUGUCGUCUUAAGGAAAGAAGAAAAAGUUGCAUUAAAAUGGCAAUGGGUAAUGUCAGUGGAUAUUAUGAAGUUUACUGUAUCAUGCUCUACAUAUGGAAGACAACCAAGCAACCCGUUUUUAUCAUGCAGUGGUUGCAGAACUUUGUUCAAAUACAUUUUUAUAAUUUUUUUUAAUAAAAACCAUGUUUGUAUCA